AAGAAACAGUGAGCGUUGACAAGGCUAGCCCAGGUGAGCUGAAGCGACAAAUCGGAUGAAAGGCGAGAAAUACCCCGAGAGAGAUAAAUUAGCAGGUAUCAUGACACUGAAAGGCCGAGGUCGCAGUGGUGUUUUCGAUAAAAGAGUGCGUUUACUCUUCUUCGCACUCGCAUUCCUCAUCAGGGGAGUCGGAGGAAGAGCUGCUGCUGGAAGACGAGGAGGAAGACGAGGCCGAGCUCGAAGAGGAGCUCGACGAAGAAGAGGACGAGCUGCUGCUGGAGCUUCCGCUGCCGGAUCCCUUGGCGGAUCCGCUGGCAUCCGCGCCGGCGUCACCGCCCGCGCUGGCUCCGGCAUUUCCGCUGACAUCUCCGCCCGCACUUCCGCCGAUGUGUCCGCUGACUCCUCCGCUGGCUCCUCCGCCGGUGGUUCCGCUGACGUCGGCGCCGGCGUUUCCUUCGGUGUCACCACCAGCGCUGCCGGAGAUGUCGGCACCAUCGCUUCCCUCAGUGUCACCACCAGCGCUGCCACCGGCGUUUCCGGAAACAUCACCACCGGCACUUCCUCCAGCACUUCCAGAGACGUCACCACCGGCGCUACCGCCAACAUCGCCGCUGGCACCGCCGGAGACAUCUCCGCCAGCGCUGCCAGAAACAUCACCGCCGGCGCUUCCUCCGGCACUGCCACCAGUGGUUGGGCUGACAUCGGCACCGGAGCUUCCUUCGGAGUCACCUUCUGCGCUGCCGCUGCCGCUUCCGCUAACAUCGCCGCCAGCGCUUCCACCGGCACUUCCGCCGGCACUGCCUCCGACGUCUCCGCUGGCGCCGCCGGACACAUCUCCGCCGGCACUACCACCGACAUCACCCCCCGCGCUUCCGGAAGCACCGCCCUCUGCAUUUCCGCCGGCACUGCCAGAGACAUCGCCGCCGACACUGCCACCGACAUCUCCACUGGCGCUGCCAGAAACAUCACCACCAGCACUGCCGCCGGCGCUUCCACUUCCACCAACAUCACCGGAGACAUCGCCACCAGCGCUGCCACCAGCACUUCCACUAGCACUGCCAGAAGCACCGCCGCCAACAUCUCCGCCGGCGCUGCCUCCUGCACUUCCACCGGCACUGCCAGAAACAUCUCCUCCAGCACUGCCAGAAGCGCCGCCACCAAUAUCAGCACCAGCGCUUCCGCUUCCACCAAUACUGCCGGAAACAUCACCGCCAGCGCUACCGCCAGCACUUCCUCCGGCGCUGCCAGAGGCACCACCGCUCAGAUCAUCAUCACAAUCUUCGUCAGCGCUUCCAGAAGCGCUACCUCCGGCGCCAGCACCAGCACUGCCGCUAACAUCGGCUCCAGCGCUUCCGCUACCGCUGAGACCACCAGAAAGGCCGCCUCCGAGACCGGCGCUGCCGCUGCCGCUGACGUCGGCACUGCCGCUACCGCUGCCACCCAGCAGACCGUGCUUGUGGGCCAGCCAGGCCAGGAGACCGAAGGUACGGGCCUCGAGAUGGUUGGGCUCGGGGGAGUUGACGGCCUCGGCGACGGGGGCGAGGAUUCGGGUGGGAACGCCAGCGUUCAGGGUGCGGUUGUACGGCGCCGCGAGGGUAGAGGCGGCCGAGAAGGCGAGGGUGUAAAGAGCAAUAUGCAU